AUGAGGCUCAACCACGUAUUCGUCGCGCUGGCCGCCUGGUCUUUAGGCGCGGGGGCCCUCCCGAACCCAUCCCCUGUCUCGGCAAAGAAAGAAGCCCUCGACUCGCGCGACCUGCUGCCCUUCGACACCGCGAUCCCGGACGCCCUCCGGCUCAGCGAGCUGUACGGCGCGCCGGACAACGACUUCGGCUGCCGGGGCGAGCGGAACCCGGUCGUGCUGCUGCACGGGCUCAGCGCGAGCCGCGACGUCGACCUCAACAUGCUGCAGCGGGAGCUCAGCCGGCGCGGCUACUGCACCUUCUCGCUGACGUACGGCGCCUGGCCCCUGCUGCCGUGGGUCGGGGGCCUGCGGCCUAUGGCCGAGUCCGCGCGGGACAUCGCCGCCUUCGUCCGCGCCGUCAGCGACCGCACCGGCGCGCCGCGCGUCGACCUCGUCGGCCACUCCGAGGGCGGCGUCCAGGCCCUCUACGUGCCCCUGACCCAGGCCGGCCUCGCCGGCGUCGUCGAGCGCGUCGUCGCGCUCGGCCCCGCCGUCCACGGCGCCCGCUACUUCGGCUUCACCGACCUCCUCUACCUCGGCGGCGAGGUCACGCGGCGCGUCGGCCGCGCCGUGCAGACCCUCCUCGGCUGCCCCGCCUGCGACGACAUGAUGACUGGCGGCGCCGUCUACCGCAGCUUCCGGGACGCCGCCCGCAUCGUGCAGCCCGGGACGAGGGCCACCAUCAUCAUGUCCCGCUCGGACACGCUGGUGUCGCCCGAGGUCAGCCGGGUCGACGAGGAGGGCGUCCGGAACGUCAUCGUGCAGGAUACCUGCCCGGAAGACCCCGUGGGCCACGCGGGUCUCAUGUGGGAUAAGAGCGUAUGGCGCUUGGUCGUGAACGCCCUCGAGGAGAAUGACGACGCAGUGUUCGCAUGCGAGAAGGGACUUCCAGUCUGA